AUGCCUUGUUCACAUGUCAUUGCCACAUGCUUCAGUGUUUAUCAGGAUCCAUUCUUGCAACUAUCAGAAGUUUACAAGGUCCUGAACUUAUUCCGUAUCUACAAUAACAGUUUUCCAGUGGUAGCUAGUGAGGACUAUUGGCCAACCUAUCAUGGAGACACAAUUUACCACAACGAAAAUACAAGAAGAAACAAAAAGGGCCGCCCCAAAAGCAUGCGAAUUAGAACUGAAAUGGAUACAACUGAGAAAAUGGAAAGAUUGUGUAGAAUAUGUUGUCUUCCCGGGCAUACGAGGAAACAUUGUCCAAAUGUUGGAACAAGUUCUAGAUAG